CGUGAGCUUCCCACUGGCUCCGUCCAAAGCCAUCUUUGCAUUGUUCUGCCUUGCUCGCUCCGGCUCCCGGGGGUUUUUGUUUUUUUCCUCUUCCCACCCACCCCCUUGUCUCUUCGCUUCUUCCCCCCUCUUGCUCCCCAGGCGCGCGCCGGUGGACCUGUAAGUCGCCGGGGGCUUUAUUUUUGUAUUUUAGCUCUAUUUUCUAUAGAUUAGAGAGAGAUUUAUCCCCGCGCAACUCCCAAGCCCAGCCAUGUCAGACGCCGCCGUCGAUACCAGCUCCGAGAUCUCCACCAAGGACUUGAAAGAGAAGAAGGAAGUCGUGGAAGAGACAGAAAAUGGCAGAGAUGCCCCAGCUAAUGGAAACGCCGAAAACGAGGAAAAUGGGGAGCAGGAAGCAGACAACGAGGUAGAUGAAGAAGAAGAAGAAGUUGGCGAGGACGAGGAGGACGAGGAAGAAGGUGAAGAAGAAGAUGGCGAUGAGGACGAUGAGGCUGAAGGGCCCCCAGGGAAGCGGGCAGCUGAGGACGAUGAGGAUGACGACGUCGAUCCCAAGAAGCAGAAAACCGACGAAGACGAUUAGGAGGCAGAGCUACUUUUAAAAACACACAUUUUUUAAAAAACUUAAAAGAGGAAAUUUUUUUUAAAGGCCAGCGUGACCUACUCACCUUUGAAGCUCCUGUUGCAAAAUGUCCCCCUCCUCCUCUUCCCCCCCUCCCCCCGACCCCCUUUUUGCUGUGGUCGCUUGUCAUCAAGUAGGGGGGGCAGCCCUUCUCCCAACUCUGAGUGGAAUGAAAGUUAAGCCACUUUUGUGGGGGGAGACCGGGUUGGGGGGAGCGGAGAAAUUAAGGUCCUGAUUCCCCCCCCCCCGCGCCUCUUCUCCCCAAUGGAAAACUUCAAGGCCCAGCUUGCUUUCUUAAAAGUAACUUUAAAGGAGAAUUUGUUUGUAUUUUUUAUUUACAUUUUAUAUUUUUGUACAUAUUGUGACGAGGUCAGCCAUUUUUAACGCGAUCUCCGAUUGACCAAAAGGGGGGGCGGGGCUUUGAAGUGUGGUGUUUUAAUUUUUUUAAUUCUCUCUCUCCCUCUGUUCCUCAAAAACAACCGAAAAGGAAAAAAAAUUGAAAUAUUUCUUGACUUUACUUGUGGUGUGACCAUGUCCAAAACAUUUAUCUCGAAAGGAGAAGGGGGGGAAACAAAACACGACCUUGUAAAAAAAAAUGCAAAAAAAGUCCACAAUCUUUAUUCUGAGCAUUCCAGUAACUUUCUCUUUUCUUCUGUGUAUGUACUUUAGAUGUACCAUAACUAGUUGGUUUGUAUGAGAUGGCAAGGCCAAAGAUAAAAGGGUUUUUUCUUUCCUUUUUCUUCUUUUUAUUUUUUGUUCUUUUGUUUUGUCUACAAAGUUGCUGUUAAUUUUUAUUUUUUUUUUGGCCUGUUUGAUGUAUGUGUGAAAACAAUGUUGUCCAACAAUAAACCGGAAUUUUAUUUUGCUGAGUUGUUCUAACGAAGCUGGUUGUACAA